AUGUCUGGAGUCCUCGAUAUUUCGGUGGCGACGGCAGUGCCUGGUCCUGCUUCCAAACAGGCCUCAGAGCAGCUCAACACCAUUUUUGACUCUCGCGCAGUUCACUUUGUUGUGGAUUACGAUAAGAGCGAAGGAAACUACAUUGUCGAUGUUGACGGCAACAGAUAUCUCGAUGUCUACUCACAAAUCGCCUCUAUUCCUGUUGGCUACAACAACCCUGCUCUCAUCAAAGCCGCCCAAUCUCCUGAGAUCAUCUCAGCACUUGUCAACAGACCUGCCAUCGGCAACUUCCCAUCUAAUCAAUGGCACGACAUCUUGAAGAAUGGUCUGUUAGCAGCUGCGCCCCCCGGUCUGGACAAGAUCUUCACCGCACAAUCUGGCUCCGAAGCCAACGAGCUCGCCUACAAGGCAGCUUUCAUGCUGUACCGACGAAAGCAGCGUGGCGAGGGUGUUGACUGGUCCGCCGAAGAGAUCAGCUCAUGCCUCAACAACGCCAAGCCUGGUUCCCCCGACCUCGCCAUCCUCAGCUUUGCCAACUCAUUCCAUGGCCGUGGAUUCGGCAGUUUGUCAACCACUCGAUCAAAAGCCGUUCACAAACUGGACAUUCCCUCGUUCAACUGGCCACAAGCUCCCUUCCCUGCGCUGAAGUAUCCUCUUGAGAAGCACGAGGCUGAGAAUGCCGCGGAGGAGAAGCGAUGUCUCGCCAAGGUGGAAGAGCUUAUUACUUCAUGGCACUGCCCGGUUGCUGGAUUGAUCGUUGAGCCUAUUCAGAGUGAAGGUGGCGACAACCACGCCUCUGCUGCCUUCUUCCAGGGCUUGCGUGAUAUCACUGCUAAGCAUGGCGUUAUGAUGAUUGCCGACGAGGUGCAAACUGGAUUUGGUGCGACUGGCAAGUUCUGGGGUCACCAGCACUGGAAUCUCAAUUCGCCUCCUGAUAUGGUUACCUUUUCUAAGAAGGCGCAGACCGCUGGCUAUUUCUUUGGCAACGCUCAGUUGGUCCCCGACAAGGCUUACCGUCAGUUCAACACGUGGAUUGGCGACCCAGCCCGUGUGAUUAUGAGCAAGGCUGUCGUUCAGGAGAUCCUGAGCAAGGAUCUCGCUGGCCAAUGUGCUCGCGUCGGUGAAGUCUUGUACAAAGAGUUUGAGAAGUUGGCCACCAAAUAUCCCAAUCACGUUAAGAAUUUGCGUGGUAAGGGCAUGGGAACGUACAUUGCAUUCGACACCCAAGAUGCUGCUGGCCUAGUCAAAUCCAUGAAGCAGCUCGGAAUCAACAUUGGAACCUGCGGUACCCAGACCGUGAGACUUCGACCCAUGCUCAUCUUCACUGAGGCUCACAUUGCACCUUUGAUGAGCGCUCUGGACCAAGCACUUGCUGCUUCUGCGUAA